GAAAGAACAAAGAUGUAGAUGUAAGCAUUUUUAUUUUAUGGGAAACAUCACUUCCUUGAAAAUCAGCUGACCAUAUUUACCUCCCUAGCUCCUCGCUCUAUGGAUUUUUAGUCAAAUUUGAUAGUCAUUUUCUUCUAUGAUAUGAACCAUAUCAAGGGUUUGAUUUGAAUUAAGACGACCAUCUUUCACGAUUUCGAGCUCGACCCAUUUCGAUUCUCGGUAUACCCAGACCCGAACCGUAUUAAAACAAUGUUUCUUUUGGAUUGGUUCUACGGUGUUCUUGCUUCCCUUGGUCUAUGGCAGAAAGAGGCUAAGAUCUUGUUUCUCGGUCUCGAUAACGCCGGCAAAACCACUUUGCUUCAUAUGUUGAAAGACGAGAGAUUGGUUCAACAUCAACCAACUCAGUAUCCCACAUCGGAAGAGCUUAAUAUUGGGAAAAUCAAGUUCAAAGCUUUUGAUCUGGGUGGUCAUCAGAUUGCUCGUCGAGUCUGGAAAGAUUACUAUGCUAAGGUUGAUGCUAUGGUGUACCUGGUAGAUGCCUAUGAUAAAGAAAGGUUUGCAGAAUCAAAGAAGGAACUGGAUGCACUCCUUUCCGAUGAGGCCCUUGCCAAUGUCCCGUUUCUUAUACUAGGAAACAAGAUCGAUAUACCAUACGCUGCCUCAGAGGACGAGUUACGAUACCAUCUUGGGCUCACAAACUUUACCACCGGCAAGGGUAAGGUAAACCUGGCAGACUCAAACGUCCGUCCACUAGAAGUAUUUAUGUGCAGCAUCGUCCGCAAAAUGGGUUACGGCAAUGGCUUCAAGUGGAUGUCUCAAUAUAUCAAAUAGAGAAAAUGGUCUCAAAGAUGCAGUAGGAAAGAUCUUACAGGGUGCCAAACCCCAAAUUCCAUAACUCCCAACUUCAGGGGGGACAAAGAAACUGUAUUCAUCAAACUGUUAGAAACUUAGCCCCUAAGUGGGUUUUAAAUUGGAUGUAUUUGGUUUUGAAUUUGUGUGAUAGGGAGGUACUCAUAUCCCUCCUCACUCCCCUUUUUUUCCAUGUGGCUACCAGAACUAGAAAAUGGCAAGUUACUUUAACUUAAUACAAUUUGAUCUUAUUAAUAGGUCUAAAUUGUUGACA